GUUUGUGUGUAAGUCCGGGAGCUCUCUCAGUUGUGCCAUGUAUAUCCUUCUCCUGUUCGGGGCGCUUGCCUCCAUCCUUGCGUCGAUCUUCCUAUCCGGAGCCACCAGCGUGAAUGAUCUGGUCAACUGGCAAUUACCCAUCUUGAAAACCGUAAACUGGCUGGGAACCUCGAAAACCCUCCCAUCGACCUCCGUGCCCGCUACCUGGAAUGGCUUCGGCUACCUCUUCAACAUCACAGUGGGCACCCCGCCGCAGAACCUGACCGUGCUGAGCGACUGGGCGUGGGUGACGCUGUUUACGCGCAGCGCCCGCUGCGAGGGGCGCUACGACCCCGCCCACUGCGUCGCAGAAGGCCAGAGCUACUUCGACGAGCGCGCCUCGACGACCUACAGCAACCGAACCGCCCUCCCGCGCCUCCGGUGGGACACGAGCCUCUACUCGCCCGACUUCACCGUCAACUACGCCACCGACACCGUGUGCAUCAACAAUCCCUCCAACACCUCCAGCAUGUGCACCGCCCCCGCCACCACCAUACAAGUCUCCGACUUCCCCUUCGCAGGCCACUACGUGCCCCCCGUCCCGUUCGGGGGCAUCUUCGGCCUCGCGCCGGUCAUCCCCGGCCUGAACGCGACGUACCACCCGACACACUACCAAGCCUGGAAACAGGGCCGCAGCGGCGCCCAGAUCGGCUUCAACAGCUGCGCCAAGCUCUCCUCCAGGGGAUUCUGUCACGGGGGCGACGCCCAGUUCGUCUUCGGGGGCACGGACGCCACGCUGUACGACGCCGACAAAAUGAGAUGGUACCCCAUCGUCACGCCGCCGUGGCUCGGCGACGAGAUGUUCCUCCCCAUCAAGCCCUCGAUCUGGAACUUCUGGGCCGCGCCCUGGACCGGCGGGUGGAUUGCCGAGACAUUCCCCGACGGGAGCCAGCGCUGGUCGAAGAACUACGCGGUUCCGUUUCCCGCGACCGCCCUGAACAAGGACUUCCUGCCUGCGGAUCACAGCGACCGGAGAUACCGGCGCGGGUCCCCACGGUAUAAUCCUGCCACGGGGGAGGAAUUGGUCACCCCGCUGGCGGUGCUGGAUGAUGGGUCUGAGGGGCUGGGUGUUCCCGUGACGGCGAAUCAGUACGCGGAGCUGGUGCGGCUGACCGGGGGUCGGAAGGCGGAUGCCGAGACGCGGGCGGCGAUCGCGGCGCAGUGGACGUCGAGCACGACGGGGAUGUCGACGCAGGAGUGGUAUGUGAUUGACUGCGCGCCGGGAAAUUUCCCCGAGCUGGUGUAUGAGUUCGAUCGGCGCGGGAAUUACUCGGUUGGGCCCGAGGACUACGUGCAGGAGAUCUAUGCCACCGGGCAGUGUUAUCUGAAUGCGCAUGUGUGGGAGCAUAGUCGCACGGAAACCGGGGAUGCGACCGUCAUUUCAGUCGGGGAUGGGAUUCUGAAGGGCCUGUAUGUUGUGCUGGACUUUGAGAGGAAUGUGUUUGGUCUGGCGCCGUUGAAGAGGGUAUAACAUAAUAUAGGGGAAUUGAGGAAUAGAACUGGGGUCUAGAAUAUGAUAUCAUGCUUGAAUCUCAUUAUGUUGAAGUGGUUUGGUGAAACGAGCGUGUGCAGGCUGUAGGUUGGUGGCAACGCUUGUGGUAAACGUUGACGUGGGCUA